CUUUUUCUUUAAAUUCCUAAUCGUCGUCGUCUUCUUCUUCAUCCCACUCCAAACCAGAGUGAGCAAGGUCUUCAUUCUCAGUCUCUGGUUAAUCUCUCCUGCGUUUUGUGUUUGGAUACGAUGAUAGAGUCAGUUACUCUUCGUUCUUGCGGGUGUCCUAUUCUACUGGAGGCUAAAGAUAUUCAUGGAAUAACGGCAUCGAGAUUAUCACCGUCGAUGACGAGAUUUAAUUCCAGGAUCUGUUGUUCCACGACGAGGAGCAACCAUUAUAUACCGAAGCUGGAGCCGUUUAGCAGGACGAAGUUCGAGCGUGUCAUCAAAGAGCCUCCUCUGAUCGAGAAAUCCGAGACCGAGCUCGCAGAUUACUGUUCAACGCUUGAAGGAGAUGAUUCUUAUAGCUGUUGGAGGGCUUAUUUCGAGCUCAAAGAUCUUGAGAGAGAGUCAUCAAAGGAGGAUGUAGAGAAGCUAAUUCUUCAAGCCGGCGGUGUCAAGUCCUUAAUCGGGUGCUUACAUGGAAUUGCAUCAAUCCACAAAGGAAAAGCCAACGGGUUUGGUGUGGCAAAGCCAUCUGAUGCAGAGAAAGAAGGAGACAAACAUUUUCAUAUUCCGGACGGACUGCCAAAGUCACCAGAAGAGAUAGAGGAAGAAGAGAGGUCAAGAAUGCCAGAUUCACCGUACACUAGAUUGCUCCGAACCAAAGGGAAGUUCCCUGCGUGGUACUCGCCUGUACCGGAUCACGAAACAGAUUGAUUCAAGGAGCUAGCUUGGAUGUUUUGGAAAAAAAAAAAAACUGUCUUUACCAUGCUUGGUUAUAGUUAUAUAUGUGGAUAAGUUUAAGUGUCUAUAGAUUGUUUUGGGAAAGUAUUAUUAUUAUGGGGAUUUCACUUUCUGGCUUGUGUCCAUCUAAAAUUACUCUAAGAACAAGUUAAUGUGUGAUCAAAAACUACUGUUCCUUGCAAGUUUGUAUGUAAAUUUUGAUAAUUUUGCAAGUUGUGAAUUGAAUCUAUUACUGAUCGGCAAUGAGGAUUGGAAUUUGGAUUGA